AUGUUACCAAGAAACGUUUACUUCGAUAUUACAAUCGAUGGCAAUCCAAGUGGUCGCAUUGUAUUUGAACUCUUCGGCUCUGUAGUACCAAAGACAGCCGCCAAUUUUCGUGCAUUGUGCACUGGUGAAAAAGGUUUCGGAUUUCAAGGAAGUGGAUUUCAUCGUAUCAUUCCACAAUUUAUGCUUCAAGGCGGUGAUUUUACCAAAGGCAAUGGCACAGGUGGUAAAAGUAUCUAUGGUGAAAAGUUUGCUGAUGAAAACUUCAAACUCAAACACACAAAGGCAGGUCUUUUGUCAAUGGCUAAUGCUGGCCCAGAUACUAAUGGCUCACAAUUUUUCAUUACGACUGUUGCAACACCAUGGCUCGAUGGCAAACAUGUUGUUUUCGGCGAAGUUGUUGAGGGUAUGGAUCUUGUCAAGAAGAUCGAAAGCUAUGGUUCACAAUCUGGUGCACCAAAAGCCAAGGUUGUCAUUAGCGAAUGUGGCCUUAAUUAG